AUGUCCGGCGGAGAGGCCCGUGUGUUCCAUGUGCCAAAGACUGGACCAGCAAUGUGUAUAUCGACCCAGGGAGCAGCCAGUCAGCUCGACCAGAAAGGUCACCAAACCGUAUGCAUACGCUUUAUCCAUCCAUAUCCACCCUCACAGUCACUCGAACACUUUAUAGACGUGUAUCGGGCAACAUUACACUUGCAGCCACUACCGCUAUUCGACCUGAAUACCCUCCGGUCUGACCUGACCCAAGGACCCGACUUCCUUCUCUGGAGCUUUCUGGCACUUAUUCUGUCAUUUACGAGCCAUGAAUUCUACCAGAGUAAGGAGCUGGAUGCCAAGGAAUUCUAUGCGCAGACUGCAGAAGAGACCGUUCUCAAAAUGGCUGUCCAAGGCAUACCAAGGGUGGAAGUCAUCGAGUCAUUGUGUUUGCUGGCCCUGCGGCACAUUAAAGAACGCAAAGAAGCCCAAGCAUGUAUGACGAUAGGGAUGGCUUCCCGUCUGCAGGCCUUUCGCACCCUACUCCGCAACCCAACAGAAGAUGGAGACCUCAUAGGCUCCCGAUGCCACUGGAGCGUCUGCAUCCUGGAAAACAUCUUCUGCCCCCAGCUCUCAGUCCCACCAAGAAGCCAAACAUCCCUCGAAUACCCCCCCAGCGCCCCCCUACCCCCUCCUCUCCCAACCGACUCACACCCUGACCUCUCCGACUGCAAUCACCCACCCAAAGACCUCGGCAUCCACGCAUAUUACAUCCAACUAAUCUUCAUCUGGGGUGAAACCGCCCUCUACAUACACAACAUCCGAUCCGGCCACACCGAAACCCCCUGGUCACCCGACUCCACCUACACCAACCUCAACUACAAACGAAACAUCUACGACUCCCACCUCGCAGACUGCCACCUCCUCCGCAACGUCGCAUUCACCAAACGCCCCCGGGCCGAGAUCCUCGAACACCACACCUACUGGACCCCCUGGAUCGCAAUGCAAAUCACCAUCCACGCUUCCGUCGCAAUCCUCAACCACCCCUUCAUCCAUCUCGUCGUCCUCCGCGCGAACCGCAACGUCCCCCAACCCCAUUUCUUCCUCCAACAAACUGUCGACCAUGCCUUAUUCCACUCCGGAUGGGUCUUCCGGCUCCUUCAGGCCUGUGAAAGUCUCACUUUUCCCAUCCAUGACCCGCUCGUUGGGCAUUUAGUUGCAGCAACAGCGACCAUCUCGUGGAUUUUCCAGUUCGCGAAGGAUCAGGAUAUCGCUAAGACCGCACGGGAACAUCUGACUAUCUCGGAAGUUAUAUUAUCUCGUAUGGCAACCACCUGGCCGCAUCUUUCCCAUAAGCUCCAAACCCUCCGCACCCUGCAAUCCACAACAACCACCCUCCCCACCGAAGGCACAACCAUCACCUUUCAACCCUCUCUCAUUUGGGAUCUCCUCGACCCGCAAAUCCACCCCACAUCAACCCCUCCCCCUACCCCUACCACAAUCACAACACCCGGUCCCACCGCCCCAGGCGGUGCCAGACUGCGCGUCACAACGCAAUUCGUGCAUCCGCUUGUCGAAGACGAGCCCGUACCGAAUAUACAGGGGAGACUUGGAACAGUUGUCGUUGGAUGA